AUGUCGUUUUUUCGUGCAAUUAUAAAAGCAAGUUUGCUCGAGAGAAAACUAUUGCGUUAUCAAGAAGAGAAGAAAGUAGCCCUCAACGAUUACCUUAAAGGUAGAAAACGCAGACGUGCGAAAAUACCCCCAAAGUUUAAUUCAAUCGAGCAGCAAUUUGCUGGAGCGUCAUUAUGGCGCAGAAUGCGAAAAGAUGGAACCUUUGCAAAUGCUGUGAUGAAGAGCUUCUUUGGAUUCUGUGGAGGCUUUGUAUUGACUUACAUUUUCUUCGUAUUUUUUGUUUUCCAACUGAAUUUUACCAUGUGGAGUGCAACCUGCUUGGCUUCAGUGGUAGGGUGUAUUUUAACCCUUGGCCUGGCAUUUAGUAAACGUGUACGAUGUAUGGUUUUUCUAUUGCUGCCUCAGUUUUUUAGUAAAAGAGGACGCCAAGCCUUGGCUGCUUAUGCCUUUAUAUUAGCUUUGACAGGACCAGCAAAAAACACUUUACACAACACGAAUGUUUUAUCGGAGUCAUUAGCUUGUGGGCAAGAACAACUCAAAUCAGCAGCAAGAGAAGUAAUAAAUAUAAUCAAAAAACCAUACUACGCCAUCAAGAAUGCUAUCAAAAAGCUUGCAAGCAUUAUAUCAAAAAUUAUUGAAAAAUUGCGAGCAGCCUUCACUGCCUUGAAAAAAAUAAUAAUGGGCAUUUUAGGGGUUAUCAAAUCUGCGUUUCAAUGGCUUGGCAGUGUGGUGAAUAUUUGUAACAAGAAAUUUGGAACACCUUUUCAAAGAUGUAUGAACGUUUUUGAUGAUGCAAUAGUGGAUUGCAAAGCUAAAUUAGGAAGUGUGUUCGGUUGGAUGUGUUCUGUGGCGUAUGUUGCAAGUGCACUCUGCUACACGGUGAAAUUUUGGGUAAACUAUAUUUGUAUGCUGCUCGACUUCAUCAGUGACAGCAUAAUUGGAAGUAUCAAGAAGAGGUUUCGCCGUUUUGUCACUCACAUCCGAACUAUGUUUUUUGUAUCCAUAAAAUUUAAGCAUUCCUUUGAUUUCGAGACAAAUCAGUCAAGAUCGAUGAGCGAAGUGGCCGCCGGAAUGAUGACGGAGGUCAAACAUAGAACUGAUACAGUUUUAGCCGUUUUCGACUGGAUGAGUUGUGCAACUAGCUUCUUUUUUCUGUUUAUUGUUGUAAAGGUCUUCAAUUAUCGGAGGAAGUAUUUGACUGUAGAACAUUUCGAUAACAGGUAAGUAUAAAAGAAUCAUAGAAUAUGUGGUAAGGUUUCUCAAAUCGUGCCACUUCCUAAGUUUUACUCCAAAUGA